GCUAGAGCAUUAGAGCAAUCACUAGUGGAAUCCAUGGCUGCUUCCAAGGUCGCUCCGUUCCUUGCCCUGAGCAGCGUCCUCCUCCUCGCCGUCGCGGCGCACGGCUGCGCUCCCCACUGCUCCGGCGGCGGGGGGGCGCCGGCGGUCGUCGUCGUCCCGCCGCCGGUGGUGGUGCAGGUGCCGGUACUGCAGCCGUCGUACCACGGACAUGGCCACUGCCCCAUCGACGCGCUCAAGCUGAGGGUGUGCGCCAGCGUGCUCAACGGCGCGCUCGGCGUGAACGCCGGCCACGGCGCCUACGACUGCUGCCCGCUGCUGUCCGGCAUCGCCGACGUCGACGCCGCUGUCUGCCUCUGCACCGCCAUCAAGGCCAACGUGCUCGGCGUCAACCUCGACGUCCCCGUCGACCUCAGGCUCAUCCUCAACAAGUGCGGCAAGACCUGCCCCUCCGACUUCACCUGCUAAAUUAUUAUAUGCGUACUAGUCGUGUAUUUGAUUGAGUUUAAUCUCUCAUGCAAUGGCCAUUGAUCGAGUUUGCAUGAGUAAUCCGGCCUGAAUAAGCUAUAUAUUCUGUUGUGUUAUUUGCUUGCUUUGGUGUUGAUUCGAUGUAACCAUUUGUAUCACUUGUAAUCUUUUUUAUUUUGCUUAAUUAACCCGUUGUCGCCAUCAAUUAAUAAUA